AUUCAAAGGUUGUCUAUCGUAUGUGAGGUGUAAAUAUUUUUCAUUGAAUAUAUUUAAAUGAUGGCUUCGUUAAAAACAGUCAGAAAUUGGGAAAGAGUGACGACAUUGAGAUGCCAGGUGUGUCAGCGAUGGGAGAGUCGCAUUAAAAACAGUACAAAUUUCUCCCGCAAAUGGAUAGCUGGAAGUCGUAGUGUGACGAAGGAUAGCGUACAAAAACAUACUAACAGUCAACAACAUAAGGAAGCCGUCGAGCUCAAAAAAAGAAGUGAGAUGGGUGCUGAAGUAUAUGCUCAAUCAGUGCUCACAACAACACCUAUCGGAAGUGGUUUACGAAAAAUGGCUGCGAGUGACAAGAAAAACCUUCGCGUCAAAUUCAACACGGCCUAUUAUGUCGCCAAAAAAGAGCGUCCUUUCAGUGACUACCCUGAUUUGCUAAAACUUCAGUUAAAGAAUAAUGUUCCGAAGUUUGGAGAAAGUUAUAAACACGAAAGAGCUGCUGCUACUUUCACCGAACACAUAGCCAAGGUGGACAAAGAAAACCUUGGUAAAACUCUAGCUAAGACACGCUACUAUUCUCUCUUGAAUGAUGGUAGUACGGACACAGGGAUUUGUGAGCAAGAAUUGGUCUACGUGUUGUACUUGCACGAGGGGACAGCACUCGUUAAAUUUUUAAGUAUCGAGACACCUAAAUGUGGAGAUGCGCCUGGUAUUCUAGAGGCGAUUGACAGUGCUUUCCAGCGUAUUGGCAUAUUGAAUUUCAACCAAAGACUUGUUGGUUUUAAUGCAGACGGCGCUAGUGUAAAUAUGGGAAGAAAAAAAGGAGUUGGAGCAUUAAUCAAGGAAACUGCGCCCUGGGUCGAGGUUGUGCAUUGUUUCAAUCAUCGCAUUGAACUUGCUAUCAAGGAUGCGUUUAACACUGUCAAAGCAUUUCACGAUGUCGACGAGCUUCUACUGAAGCUUUAUUACUUAUAUCAGAAAAGUCCCAAAAGGCUUCAGGGACUCAGAAACUUCUCUGAAGCAUUCGAUGAAACAAUUCCGAAGCCUGCUAAAGCAUGCGGUACUCGUUGGAUAGACCAUAAGUUCAAAGCGAUGGUAUGUGCUCUUCAAAACUACGGUGUGUAUAUGACCCACGUAGAGGAAUUAGCUAUCACAGAUUCACAGCCUGAAAAACGUGCUGAGCUCAAAGGUUUUUUGAAAAAAUGGAAAGAGGCUGCCAUUCCAUUCAAUAUGGCUAUUUACUUAGAUAUACUAUCCCCGAUACGUCGUUUGUCUUUGAGCAUGCAGUCUGACGAGCACGAUCCUGUCAAACAAGUUCGGCGUAUCCAGGAAUUUACUGCGACCAUGGCCAAAUUGAAAAUAAUUUUAUUAGAUACCCUGGACGGAAGUAGUGAUAUAAUGAAACAUCACAAGCGCUUCACAGAUGAGGUUAUUAAUGACGAAGAUGGAAGUGCAACGUACCAAAACAUUAAGCUUUUCCGAUACGAUAUAGUAAACAGCAGCGCUGAGACGAAAUAUCAUGAUCUUAUCGUUCGUCUCGCUGACAGCAUGGAAGAGAGGUUCGAAAAUUUGUCAACAUCGACCAUCUUCAAAAAUAUCGUCUGUUUACUUGAUGUUUCAACAUGGCCAACUACUGUCACUCCUACUUUCGGGGAAGAUCGCAUUGAUGAAAUUCUUUUGGAUUUCGAAAAGCUGUUGGAAAACAACGGAUGUAACGUAGGCGAAGUAAAAAAAGAAUGGAUCUCUUUACAAUCUCACAUCAUCCCUAUUGUGAUUAAUAAUCCUCGAGAGUACUACUUGAAAGUAUGGAAGAGGGUUUUCACAAACGAACACAUUCGUAAGGAUUGUGAAAACAUCCUUCACAUCAUUGAAAUAUUGCUUUGUACCCCAUUCACGAAUGCCAAAGUGGAGCGAGGCUUCUCCAGGAUGGCGAGGGUGAAAAGUGAUUUUCGAAGCCAUCUCAGCAGGGACAUGCUCGACGCUUGUUUGCGAAUAAAUGAGGAUGGUCCAGAUAUUUGUAAUUUUGACCCUGAUCCAGUCAUUGAUCAUUGGUAUACGGAAAAAGUGCAACGACUUGGAUCAUCGUCGCACAAGUAUCCUAAAAAGAGAAAAUCUACAACUACAACAAGCGAUAGAGUGCAGGUUGAUGACUUAGCCUCACUUGCACUCUCUGAUAUCGACUCUGAUGAAGAUGAAGCAUGAAAUCAUUUUGUACAUUUAUUUAAAAACAUUAAAAUAAAAAACGUAACUGUUCGUUAUAAUUUUUCGUAUCAAAACAAAUCAUUCUUGAGGUAUUUAUAUUGCACAAUUGUAAAUCAAAAUUUGGCUGUAGACAAGAAAGUUAAGGCUGAUAGUGUCACAUUACGUUGUCGCUAAAAGCUAUCGUGUUUGGGGUUCACGAUUUAAAACGUCCCCCACUUGUCUAUUCUAAAAGUAACGUGUGCAAAAACAGAAAAUAGCGAAUCGUAACCGUAAGAACGACUCGUGAUUUCUAAAAAAUUUUCGCCUGCGGCGCGCUAUUUUUCACGGAUCACUUAUAAAUUUUUAUUUCGGACCCUGUGAAAGGGAUAUUUCUUUUGGUAGCAAGUUAGCGGGUUCGAAGGUUCUUUAUAUUUUUACAAAUAUGUCUUGUGCUGCUUAUGGCUGUGAUAACAAAAAAAUAAAAAAUAAAGACAAAACCUUUUUCAGCUUGCCUAAGGACCCGCUAGUAAAAAAAGCUUGGAUUGCUGCAAUAGGGACUAAAGAUCUUCCCAUUCAAAUUUUUGUUUGCUCGGAUCAUUUCGACGAAAGUUGUUAUGAUCCAAGUUGGGACCAUCAGGUCAAAGAGUUUUAUAACGAUCGUCCUUGUAAACGAAGACUUUUGCCAAAAUCCAUACCCACUAUAUUUACUCACAAGCGUCCUUCUAAGGAACGCGCGACUUCAAAAUCGAGAGCUGAAAAAAAACAAUCAAAAGAGGUUAGCCUAAUAUAUAUUGAAAUAUGUUUUUUCAUCGCUGCUCUGCUCAUAAUUCCCCCAUUACUUUACAUCUGAAAUACUUAGUAAAUAUACCUCAUUCCAAGUGCUCUUGUUUUCAAUUGCUGCAAAACAUAGGCAAGAAAACUUAAUUAAUUUAAGUGAAUUGGUAACGGGAUUACUGCAUCUAUUAACAUUUAUUUUUGUAGUUAGUGGAAGUAGCGUUGGUUGAGGAGCUUCCGCAAUCCUCCUCCGAGUCUUACGACAACCUCGCAUAUCCAGACUGUGAAUUUGAAGUUGUAAGAAACUUGUCAAUUGGUGUACAAGCUGUACCUAAAACACAUACAAGGUGGACACAGUACAAGCAUGCAACUUUUAGGAAUGCAUCGACACAAACAUCUACCUGUAUAGCAGAUGCACAAACACAAACUGUGGUCGCUGUUCCAAUAGCAAUAGAUGCUUCCUGCCAAA